AUCUGGCAUGAAUUUAUUGCAGAUUCGGGAAAAAGUUUGGAAUCCAGUCUGCCUUGAUGCUUGUGCACCCCAGUUGGGAAAAAAACUGGGCCAACCUGUUCCCUCCAGCAAAAUACUGGGUUUAAUUUCACCCUAUUACACUGAACGCUUUGGGUUUAAUCCUGCCUGCAAAAUAGUAGCAUUUACUGGAGACAAUCCAGCGUCUCUGGCUGGAAUGAGACUUUCUGAAGGAGACAUAGCAAUUAGCCUCGGCACUAGUGAUACCCUGUUUCUCUGGAUUAAAGAGCCAAACCCUGCUCUGGAGGGUCACAUUUUCUGUAAUCCAGUUGAUUCUCAAGCAUUUAUGGCCCUACUUUGCUACAAGAAUGGCUCCUUGAUGCGAGAGAAGAUCCGAGAUGAACUUGCGUUGGGCUCGUGGGAAGAAUUCUCAAAAGCUCUUGAAUCAACAGCAGCUGGAAAUGGUGGAAAGGUGGGUUUUUAUUUUGAUGUGAGGGAAAUUACACCAGGAGCUGUGGGAAUUCACAGGUUCGAUGCCCACAAUGUCGAGACACCAGCAUUCCCAAAGGAAGUGGAAAUACGGGCCUUGAUCGAAGGACAAUUCAUGGCCAAAAGGAUCCACGCAGAAAAGCUGGGCUAUAAAAUACUGCCAACCACAAAAAUCUUGGCUACCGGCGGGGCGUCGCACAACAAGGCAAUCUUACAAAUCUUGUCUGAUGUCUUCAGUGUUCCAGUGUACACAAUCGACACCGCUAAUUCAGCCUGUUUAGGCUCUGCUUACAGGGCUAUCCAUGGACUCGCGGCAGAGGAAGGACUGCCCUUGACCGAUGUUGUGAAAUCAGCACCGGGCCCCCGAUUAGCUGCUACUCCAACUGAAGGCGCAAGUCAGAUCUACCAACCUUUGCUUAAAAGAUACCUGGAACUUGAACAGAAGGUGCUGAAUAAAUCAAAAUAGUAUCUUCGAAGAGAAUCUAUCAGUAAUGAUUUAAAUGAAGAGCAUAUUGGAGAGUGAAAGAAACUGGGCCCAUAGUUGUGUGGAACAUUCCUUGGUUUUGUAAUUGAAACUACGGUGGAAUAAAUGCUACCCUUGUUCUGUUCAUCGCUGUCUACACAAGUGGUUCUUCAACAUCCAGGAAUACCUCUAGUAGCACUUCCAAACAAGGAUUUUGCCAUUUCAAAUUAGCUUUGGAUUUACCUGAUCAAAUAAUGUUUGCUUUUUUAAAGAGCUGAUUUAGCUUCUUUCAGUGAGAUGAUUAUAUGCACAGAUAUGGAAAGGUUCAACAUUAGCCACUAUGGUUGGUGAAGUUGUCAAAUUUUGCUGAAAUGGACAAAUCAACCUCUUUUGAUUAGAGAAAUCUAGCUAUGUUUAUUGGUGAUUGGAAGCCUACUUUUUGUGUAGAAAUG